AUGCAGCGACCCAACAAGCCCCAGGCCAUUGCUCUCGCCAGCCACCACAGCGCUAAGCUCCACGACGACAACGACGACGACGAUCAGGCCUCGAGCUUCAAAUACCUGACCUAUCGCCCUCUUUCCAACCUUCCCACUCCCCCCCCAACCUACAAGGAGACCACCGCCGCCGCCGCCGCCGGCUCUCCCCCGACGCCUACGACUCUUGAGGAUGGCGAGCCGCUCCAGGCCCGCUUCCUAGGCCCCGCCAUUCACCUCGUCAACCUCAUUCCGUCUUCGGCAUCCCUCGCCACCGCUUCCGUCACCCUCGUCCAGGGCAUGCUCUCCCGCGCCGAUCUCCCCCUCGAGACCGUUGCCCUCGCCGUGUGCGUCCUUGACAGCCUCGACUCCAAGUUUGCUCGCGCCUGGCGCCUCUGCUGCCCUCUGCUCCCCAGCGCCGUCGGUGCCGUCCCCUCGUUGUCGAAGCGCCACACCCUCUCCACGUCCCUGCUCUAUCAAGCCCAGCAGCAGCAGAUGCUACACAUCGACUCGGUCAAGCCUGAACUUAUCAUUCUCGCCGCCCUCGUCAUCGCCGUCAAGUUCACCCAAGACCCCCAGCAGCCCACGCAGUUUUACUGCCUCGACUGGGGCAAGGCCGUAUGGUCCCACCGCCAGCUCAAUGCCACGGAGCGGUGCAUCAUGGAAUCGCUCAACUACAGGAUCAUGCCCCUGUGCGACGAAGACUACCUCGCCGACGCCAUGGUGGACAUGCAGCUCGCCGCCCAGCAGAGGGACGCCGAGCUCCGCGAGCAGACGCCUCCCGUGAGCGUUUCCAGCAGUGACGAUGACGCCUUUGUGCCCGGCCAUAGCCGCUCCAAGACGGCCGUCCCCAGCGUAAUGGCGUUGGGGCCGCGGCUCCCGCCCAACCUAGUGGCAUCUCCCGUUCCCGACAUGUGA